CUUCACAUCGAUCUCCCAUUCUCCGUUUCAAGCUCUGCAAAUCGAUGCAGAUCUCUUGCAUGUCUACCUCGAUUCGGGGCUGAACAGAUCUUCAGAUUCGAUUUUCUACUCUAGUUGCAGUUCCGUUCUGCAUUUUGAAUUUCUAUCGCUGAUUGAAUCCCUGCGAUUGCUAAUCAUUGGAAAAUUCUGAUUACGGAGGUUGCAACAUGACAUUUGAUAUCCAAAGAGAAUUGGGGUGAUAUGCUUCCUCACUUUUGAUGGUCCAUCUUAAAAGGCCAUGAAAGUUCUUCAACCUUCAGGUUUGGAUAUGCUCACUGGAUGCUGUACGGAUUUUCUAGGUCUUCUAUCUAAAAUAAGUUCGCGGAUCAGUAUUUGACCAUUAAAGCAUGAAUUUCCUUGUUGGAGCUUUUAAGCCACCAUGUAACAUUUCAAUCACAUUUGCUGAUGGAAGAACUCGCAAGCAGGCUUCCGUAAAGAAGGAAAAUGGUCAAACAGCAAUGGUCCCACUUUUCCAAAGUCAAGAAAACAUUGUUGGGGAGGUUUGUAUAGAACCAGUUCUAGGAAAAAAGGUUGAACACAAUGGUGUGAAAAUUGAGCUUCUUGGCCAGAUAGAGCUGUACUUCGACAGGGGCAACUUCUAUGAUUUUACCUCCCUUGUGCGGGAACUAGAUGUGCCGGGCGAAAUAUAUGAAAGGAAAACAUACCCGUUCGAAUUUUCUACUGUGGAAAUGCCAUAUGAAUCAUACAAUGGGGUGAAUAUAAGGCUUAGGUAUAUUUUGAAAGUGACAAUCAGUCGUAACUUUGUCAGCAACAUUGUGGAGUACCAGGAUUUCUGGGUUCGCAACUAUACACCACUACCGCCAAUCAACAAUAGCAUUAAGAUGGAAGUUGGAAUUGAAGAUUGCCUACACAUCGAGUUCGAGUACAGUAAAAGCAAGUAUCAUCUGAAGGAUGUCAUAAUAGGAAAAAUAUAUUUUCUUCUUGUAAGAAUUAAGAUAAAGAAUAUGGAGCUUGAGAUUAGACGCCGUGAGUCAACAGGAUCAGGGUCUAAUACAUACGUUGAGACAGAGACCCUUGCAAAAUAUGAGCUGAUGGAUGGUGCUCCAGUCAGAGGGGAAUCGAUCCCCGUUAGAUUGUUUUUGAGCCCAUACGACCUGACACCGACAUACCGCAACAUCAACAACAAGUUCAGUGUGAAAUAUUAUUUAAAUCUUGUUCUUGUGGACGAAGAAGACCGGCGGUAUUUCAAGCAGCAAGAAAUAACCAUGUACCGCCUCCCAGAAACUUUGUGAUUUUCGGUGGGAUGUUCCAGCAAAAAUCCAUAUGGCACCUUCAUUUGAUAGGAACAUUAGCGCAAUGUUUCUGCAUGCAGGGUGGUCAUUUCUGUAAUUUUAAAGAUACUGUCAUAUAAGCCUGUUUCAUUUGAUGUGUGAAGGUAUUUUGUCUAGUGAUUGUAUUCUAGAGCUUGUGAAGUGCUAUUUGAUGUGAAUAUUGAAAUUAUCUGUUAUUAUAUUAUUCUUUUAUUCUGAAUAAUUCGACUUUUUU